AGAGCGUGUCGCGUGGUAUAAAAGGAUGACAGCGGUGACAUAGAAGCAUCCAUUAGCGAAGCGAGUCUUCGGUCAGCUUGUGGUGUUCAACGUCGAGUCUCUCCAGCGCGCCCUCCCCGCCGCCGCCGCCGCCGCCGCCAUGUCGCCGCUCGCCCGCUCGCUGCUCGCGCUCGCCGCGCUGCUCGCCGCCGCCGACGCCGACGAUCAAGGCUACGAUGGCGUCACAGAGGCAAUUGGUCGAGUAACUAACUACGUACAACCUCUAAGUUUGCUAGAUUUACGCUACGGGCUCUCGGAAAUCGAAUUAGAAAAUUAUUGCCCCCCACCAAUGCAUCUUGUUGGUGAAAAGAUAACGGUGUGCAACAAAACCCCAAAUCAUCGUCAUCCUGACGUCCACGCUAGGGAGAUCGUGGAGGUCACCUGUUAUGAUCACAGCGGAUGCACUGUGUCCAUUCUCGAGUACUGCGGCUAUUGACAGACGGACCUCCAUCUCAUCUCCACCAUUGAAUUACACCACGUGCUACUAUCUCGUUAGUAGGUAUUACGUGCAACUUCUGUGGGUAUUUUAUUUGAUUAUAAGAUAUUAAAUGGAAGAUCCGUCACAUUUUCAGCUUUUAUUUGGUACAAAAUGAAUAUCACUUUUUUUACUAAUAAUAAUGUAUUUAUUAUACAAAUCGUUCCAGACGUACCUCGGUCUUACUUUAUCAAUACUGUGCACAGUAAUAUUAUAGCCAUUGUUAUUUCAUUAAAAAGUUCUCGGCAUU